GCUUCUCUGCCAAAAACAAAAAACACAAAACAGUAAAACAAAGACUCAAUCUGUUGCUCCACCAAUGGUGGGCUUGUUGUCGAGACUGAGUUCUGCUUCAGCCCGUAGAGAAGUGGUCGCCCAUCUAUUGGAUUAGAGGAGGGAUUUCACUGUGGUAUUAAUCUGAGGGGAAGACAGCAGGCGACAACGGGCUGGACGCACACUGAGCCGUUGUCUCUCUCUCUCUCCCUCUCUCUCUAUCCCUCUCUCCCUCUCUCCCUCUCUCUCUCUCUCUCUCCGGCUGCCACUCAGCCUCGCCGCCUCACCUCCAUCAGACGCGCCGACGGGAAGAACAGGACUCCCCCGUCUCUGCCAUCAUGAACCUUUUCUGCUUUUCACUGGAGGGCUCCAUGGACAGCCUGUACGAGGCGGUGCAGAGCUCCAGCGACGGGCCCCCGCAGCCCGUCCCCAGCCGCUCGUCCAGCCGCUCCUGCAGCCGCUCCUGCAGCCCGGCGGUGCUGCUGGACAACAACACAAAGUGGCGGGGCUCCGGAAGAUCCAUAUCCACAGAGACGCCUCAGACGCAGGCGACCAACUCCAGUAAGAAGAUACGGAGAACACACGUAUCCAAAUCUGCGUCAGAUAAUGAAAUAUUGGAUAACCCCGGCGGUAAUGCGGCGGUCUGGCAGCGCGCCAGGAGCCGAGAAGACUUAGUCCACAUCGCCAACAACCACAAUGAAGAGAUGAGGAAGACCAAGCACAGGACAGAAACCAAAGGAGGCAAAGGAGCUCAUCACUCCGGCACAAAGAAAAAGGAGAAACCGCCGCCGCCGCCGCCGCCGAGCCAGGGUGUGCAUGUGACAGAGGCCAAACCUGCCGUCAAGAGAAACCAAAAGACGGGAAAGAAACCGGCUGGGAAGAGCGGGAAGGAGGCGUCGAAGAAAAGCCACAAGUCCACAGUUCACUCCCCAGCCAGUUCCACCAGCCCGCCCGUGGGACCCCACUACCUGGACGUGCCGUACAGAUCAGACCGGAGGCCCUACCUCGGCAAGUCGUCCACCCUGCCCGCGCAGGAGAACGCGACCCCGGGCCGCUGCGCCGACAUGGCCAGCCUGCCCGGCGGCGCGACGCCCACGCACACCUACCACCAGCAGCGCUGGAGCAACCCGGGCGAGGGCAGCCCGGCCUGGGGCACCGCCCAGCACACCUGUCGCAGGCCGCUCACCGAGUACCGCGUCUACGCCCACGAGUUCGCCACUUCGUCCGACGGGAAGGAGUGGGAGGGGAGGGAGGAGCAGGCCCGGGACCACAGCUUGAGACGGGACCGUAGGCCCCCGGUUCCCCCAAAGGUGCCGCGGUCUGUCACUGACGUGGAUCUGUCAGAAGCGAACGUGAGUUUAAUGUUAAUGUGUGUUUUAUUUGUUAAACCAUUAGUCAGGUAGUCCAGCUAAAAGGUGCCUGAGUGCGAGGUCUCACUUUGUGAGGUGCUCUUACUGUGC